AUGAGCACAUCAACAGCUUCUCCAGAGGCGACCACAUCAACAGCCUCUCCAGACGGGACUAUCUCAACAGCCUGGCCAGAUGCGAGCACAUCAACAGCUUCUCCAGACUUCACCACAUCAACAGUGUCUCCAGACAGGACCACAUCAUCAGCUGCUCAGGAUGAGACCACAUCAACAACAUCUCCAGAUGUGACUACAUCAACAUCGUCUCUAGACGGCACCACAUCAGCAGCUUCUCCAGAUAUAACCAUAUCAGUCGCUUCUCCAGACGUGACCACAACAAUAGCAUCUCCGGACACGAGCACAUCAACCGCUUUUCCGGACUUGACCACUUCAACGGCAUCUCCAGAAGGGACCUCAUCAGCAACCUGGCCAGAUGCGAGCACAUCAACAGCUUAUCCAGACAUGAGCACAUCAACAAUGUCUCCAGACAUGAGCACAUCAACAGCUUCUCCAGAGGCGACCACAUCAAAAGUGUCUCCAGAUGGAACCACAUCAGCAGCUUUUCCAGACAUGACCACAUCAGCAUCUUCUGCAGACGUGACCACAUCAGCAGCUUCUCCAGAUGUGACCACAUCAAGAGCCUCUCCAGAUGUGAGCACAUCAACAGCUUCUCCAGACAUGAGUACUUCAGCAGUGUCUCCAGAUGGGACCACAUCAGCAGCUUCUCCAGAUGUGACCACAUCAACUGCUCCUCCAGACCUGACUACGUCAACAGCAUCUCCAGAUGGGACCACAUCAGCAGCUUCUCCAGAUCUUGCCUCAACCACAGCUUCUCCAGACAUGACCACAUUAACAGUGUCUCCAGACGGGACCACAUCAGCAGCUUCUCCAGAUGCGACCACAGACCACAUCUGCAGCUUCUCCAGAAGUGACCACAUCAACAGCAUCUCCAGAAAUGACUACAUCAAUAGCUUCUCCAGAUGGGACCACAUCAAAAACAUCUCCAGACAUGACCACAUUGACAAUCUGGCCAGAUUCAAGCACAUCAACAGCUUCUCCAGAUGUGACUACAUCAAGAACCUCUCCAGACGUGAGCACAUCAGCAGCUUCUCCAGAUGGGAGCACAUCAACAAUGUCUCCAGACAUGACCACAUCUAUAGCUUCUCCAGAUGUGACCACAUCAACAGCUUCUCCAGACGGGACCACAUCAACUGUCUGCACAUCAACAGUGUCCCCAGACAUGACCACAUCAAUAGUGUCUCUAGACGGGACCACAUCAGCAGCUUCUCCAGAUGUGAGCACAUCAACAACAUCUCCAGACACGACCACAUCAACAGCUAUUCCAGAGAGCAUGACAUCCACAGCUUCUCCAGAUGCCACCACAUCAACAGUUUCUUCAGUUGCAAGCACAUUAACAGUGUCUCCAGACACAGGCACACCAACAGCUUCUCCAGACACCAGCACGUCAACAACGUCUCCAGAUUCGAGCACAUCCACAGCCUCUCUGGAUGCCACCAUAUCAACAGCUACUCCAGACACCACUACAUCAAUAGCUUCUCCUGA